UUGCUCCUCAAUCGAUUUUCCCACUCACUUGAAAAAGCUACCAUCUUGGGAAUGGAGUGAAAAUUUUCCUGUUCCCCGAUAAAGAUUGAAAAAUUGUGCUGCAAUUUGUGGUCUGUUCGAAUGAAAAAGUGCUUCAACGUGCUUCUCGGGACGGUACUGUGCUGAUUUUCUACCGAGCAAAAGAUGAAUCGUGCGGGUAGUUGCUGUUGAGGAGGAUUUUUCCUGUGCUUCAAAGUAGUGUUACCAAGCUGAAGAAAAAUAGCAGUGGGUGACGAGCAGUUAAGCCCAGUAAUCAGCGAAAAUUUUCGCAGCAGCAAAGUUGCGAAAAGAAAUCCAAAAUGGCUCCGGGAAUAUGGAAAAGGGAGGCUGAACCCGAUACCGAUGCAGCGGACUUAGCAGAAGCUGCGACCACUUUGGCGACGAAAAUCUUCGGACACAAGCAUCACCAUCGUACGACGACGGCAUCGGAGCUAGAAACAGAAGAAAAUGAAGAGUUCUCCAGUACCGCACUGCCGACGAAGGGGGAGGCGGAGAAAAUCGGUGACAAGGCGGCCGAAAUGACUGAACAUCUGGCACAGGAGAUGGGCAUUCCGACGUGGGGCCUGGUGUCCAUCAUCAUCUUUGUCCUCCUGAUCAUCCUGGGGAUCUGCGGUUUCUGCAUUCGUCGCUUUUUCCGCAAGAGGCGCUCCAAAGACGGCAAGAAGGGCAUGAAAGGAGUCGAUAUGAAAUCGGUACAAUUAUUAGGUUCAGCAUACAAAGAAAAGGUUCAACCUGAUAUGGAAGAACUGACAGAAAAUGCAGAAGAGAACGACGAAGGGGAAAGCAAACAGAGUGAGCAGAAGCUGGGAAAGCUGCAGUACAAGCUUGAAUACGAUUUCAACGCUAAUGCCUUGACUGUAACUGUAAUCCAGGCAGAAGAACUACCUGCUCUGGACAUGGGAGGCACCUCUGAUCCUUACGUAAAAGUUUAUCUAUUACCCGAUAAAAAGAAAAAGUUUGAAACUAAAGUCCACAGGAAAACUCUCAGUCCGGUAUUUAACGAAUCGUUCACAUUCAAGAGCCUGCCGUAUGCCGAGGCCAUGAACAAGACCCUAGUGUUCGCCAUCUUCGAUUUCGAUCGAUUCUCCAAGCACGACCAGAUCGGCGAAGUGAAGGUGCCCCUCUGUCAGAUCGAUUUGGCCCAAACCAUCGAGGAAUGGCGGGAACUGCAGAGCGUCGAAGGCGAAGGUGGUCAGGAUAACAAGCUGGGAGAUAUCUGCUUCUCGUUGCGCUAUGUGCCCACUGCAGGUAAAUUAACCGUCGUAAUCUUGGAAGCAAAGAACCUAAAGAAGAUGGACGUCGGUGGAUUGUCAGAUCCAUACGUAAAAAUUGCGCUGAUGCAGAAUGGAAAGCGUUUGAAAAAGAAAAAGACUAGUAUCAAAAAAUGCACACUAAACCCCUACUACAAUGAGUCGUUCUCAUUCGAAGUUCCUUUCGAACAAAUACAAAAAGUGAACCUGGUGGUAACCGUGGUGGAUUACGAUCGCAUCGGAACGUCGGAACCGAUCGGUAAGGUCGUCCUGGGUUACAACGCGAGUGGUACCGAGCUGCGCCACUGGUCCGACAUGCUGGCAUCGCCGAGGCGUCCAAUCGCACAAUGGCACACGCUGAAGGACCCCGAAGACGACAAGAAGGACUAAGCGGAACCAAACCCGGUUGGGGUUGAUGAUCGUCGUUAGCCCACUGUUUGCCCAGUGCUGACGAACAAAGAAGUUGAAGAGAAAUCACAAAACCAAACACACACUUGAGAGAAUAGAGACAGAUUACGUGAACCAAAAGGAAUCAUUGUGAAGUCAUUACCAAUAAAGAAAACAAAAAUAGAAAAAAAAACACACUGAACGGAAAGAAUGGUGAAUAGAGCAAAUGUUAAGUGAAAAGCGAAACUUAAAAAAAACGGCGAUGGAACAAGGUGAAAUUGCCAACCAUUCGAACCGAUUCAGAUGUAACGAAGCUCUAUCAGGUUUAUGUAAAAAAAUAGUAAUGUUCGUUUCGUUUUUUUGUCUCCUAAAAAAAUAUGUUCAGAAUGUGGUGAUACUUUAAUAAACAAAACAAUGGCCGAUCGAAAGUUUGUAAAAGUACAGCAUAAUGAUAGUAAAUGAAGUUAUUUGACUGAAUUGCCGAAGCUUGCAAAAAUUGUUAUUGUUUUCAAAGAACUCGCUGGAAGACGAAUCUGAAUUGUUCCAGACACUAAGUAUGCGGUUAAACUUUUUUCACGAAAGCUCACUUUUUUCUUAUGCGUAGCAUAUUAAUAAGAGAUCGGAUCUUAAUACAUUAAACAGAUAAGCAAAAGCAUUCAGUCUGAUAAACAAGAAAAAAAAGUGCGCCUAUUGUGCAUCUUUUCUAGUUAUUGCAUAUCUCUACACAAACGAUGCAUUGGCAGCGCCGUGACUAGUGAAGGGGCAAGGAUCCAUCCCGGGAUCCCCUUUUGUCUCCAACUCACGGCCGAAGCUGAAGCCGAAAAUCAAUAGAUAGCUCUAUAACGCGACAGAAUUUAAAAUUGUAGAACUGUUAAAGUGAAAAAUGUAAGCAAGUAAAAAGAACCGAAACCGAAAUACGCCAGACAAACAAUAACACAUGAUCCCACUUUGAUGUUGUAGAAAAGAAGCACAAUAAUAGCCUAAACUAUGCUACGAAGAUGACAGUCGCACCGACACUUGUGAAUAGGAAAGAAAACCAAAGAAGAAAACAAUGGGCAAAAUAACGAAAUAUAAAUGUAUGUUAGAACAUUUUAAGUAGACAAGAAUAGCUUUCGUGUUUGGUUUCGAACGACAAACUAAAAAAAAAAAACAAACAUAUAUCAGUAGAAGAAAGAAAACACGCGGUUGCUUCGUUCGCGAGAAGUCCUAGUAGGCGUGGCGAAUGGUGAGUGAAUGUAAAAAAUAUGCUGAGGUAGUCAAACAUAGAAAAAAAAAGUUUCGACAGUAUGCGUAUUGCCUUUGAGUAUUUGUGUAGAAUUUUUUUUUUGAAUUCCGGACAUUUGCGGAAGGAAAUUGGUUGAUUGUUUCUUCAAUAUGCCUGUUUUGUACAUUCGCGUGAUGCGUCCUUAUCCUGAUUCUGAUUCUGAAGAAGCCUUUGCAGAUUCAAUCACUUCAAGAACUACUGGACCAUUCGAACCUAUUGAAUUCUGCUUUCUAGGUGACAGCAAACGAAACGCUAGGCGUAUAGUAAAAAGUAAAAAAAAAACACACAGGAGCUUUCAAGUUUUGAAACACCUCACCAAACGACGAACAAAAAUAAGGCUUAGAACAAAACGUUUUACAAUCAGGCUUUAGGUUACUCACCACGAUAGAUGCAUUUCACAACCAACACAUGAACAGUCACAUACACACACACGCACUCACUCACGCAUACACAACAAAUAACACUGUUAUCAAAGUAUUUAUUCCGUCGGAAGUAAAUAGGUUCACCAAAUUCCUUAGAUUACAGUUAAUCAGUUUGAGGAAAUAUUAUGAAAGCUGUACUUCUUGUUGAAACAAAAAUAUAAAAAGUUAUAAAAAGCUAUUUACUGUUAAAUAAGAUGAUCUAUCUAUUAAAUUAUAUAUACAUAUUAUCAAGUUGAUCAAAUUUGAAUACGAAUAUUCUCAUAAAAAAAUACAGUAUUUGUACACUCAGCUAUAUCAGUUCAAACAUUCUAAUGACAUUAGCAGAGAUAAACUCUGUAAAAUCUGAACCGCAGAGCAAAAAAAAAAAGAAAAUCUUUGUAUCUAUAGUCCAGUUCAGAACUUAAACAAAAAAAAACUUCAAAAGCGACCAAACGUUGACUUGGUUUUACAGAAGGAGCUCUGCAUUCCGUUGUAAAACUCCACCAAAGUCAACGAUCGGGAGCCUUUUCGUCCUAAACGUGUUCUUUUCCAAACAAACAAAAAAAAACGAAUGAAUAGUUGCGAUUUACUAGUGAUUCAGCUAAUAUCAUAACUACUAGAUAUGUAGUUCUAGUAAUUUCAACUCAAGACUAAAAUACCUUUUUCAAUGUUUAAACCGUUUCUGUUGCGUUUUUUUUUUCUCAGUGUAGAAAACUAACAGGCCUUCUCGAAUAAUGUUGAACCGACAAGACGUAGGCUUCUGUUGCCCGCUUCUGGUCGUUCCAAUACGAUUCUUUAGUUUACGAGUUGACCUGAACACGGCCCGUUUUUAUUCUGUAAAUAUUUCUAUCAAGUUCGGGUCUUUCCGAAUUUUUCCGUUGCGGUGUUUGACAGAAACAGAGACAGAGACGUCGAGCGCAAAGUAGGCGGUUGAAGCAGAACACACUCUUGUUGUUAUUUCUAAUCAAUCCAAAAUGCACCUCAUAGCACAGCGGUAGAACAAAUUGCGUUACCAUAGCGACUACAGUGACUACUAGGCCGAGCUACAUAUGUACACACAUACGACAUUUAUCCGUAGAGGCUGUUUUUAAAUGGCAUGCUUUAGCGUGACUUUCGCUGUCUCCAUAUAACUCAAUCAUAGACUAAAUUUCUCUUCCUAACAAUGAAGUAAUCAGGAUAGAACUAGGAAGAGAACUAACGCACGAAAUUCAAACAAUCGUUAAAAAUUACGGGGACUGAGAAAUGGAAAGGGUUUUAACAGAGUAAAUCGUAACAUGAAGAAUAAAAAAUAAAAAAAAAACAGAACGAAACCGAGAGUAUGCUUUAGAAUACUUAUUUGAAAGUCACAGGAGAAGGACAUUUUAUUUGCGAUGGUUGACGGCUGAAGUAGCAGACGGGACAUCAUCAUCGAUUGACGGACGAGUUACAGGACGAGCAUUUUAAAAACGGUCGAAUUUCAGCAAAAAAAAAUAUUAUGCUUACAUGCGAAAACCUGAAGAAACUUGAUUGUAAUUUAUAAAUAUUGAAAUGAAAAAAAAAGCAGUUAAAGUUAAUUGAAGUAUAAGUAAAACCAAAUAUAACAAUAAUUAGACAUAUACAAAGGAAAAUGAACUUUAACCAUCAAACAAGUAAAAAAAAUAUUGUGAAAUAAUAAGAAUAUGUAUAUUUAAGGUAUUGUAAAUCAAAACCAAAAAUAAUAAUAAAGUAUUAUAAUAAUAAAAAACCACGUGAGAAUGAUACCUACCUACA